CGGGUCGGAAAAGGACACAGUUUGUCGGUCGGUUGGUGGGCUGACGUCUGCUCCAAAGUUUCCGAGUGUCAGUUCUGGAUUGUUUACAGGACUUUAAAGUUGUCAACUGGAACAGAAGCUUAUUGGAGGACAUCCCGUCACUUUAAAGUCGAGAUGUCGAGUAAGGAGAAGGACCUGGUAGCCCGCCUGCUGAAACAGUCUAUCCUAUCACUAUGUAAAGAGACGGUGUCCUUCCGUCACAACCUCGAGGUGGACGGAAUUAUCAGCAUCACAUUGGAAAACGAGUCCCAACAAAUCGUCAUUAAAGUCCACGAGUACUUCCAGAAGAUUCGGGACGAGUCGACUCUGCCGAACAAUGAUAGUUUGUGCGACGACGAUAGCUCUAUAGAACGAUACGAGAAACAACCCCGCGUCACCAAUAUCGUACAAAGAAAGAGCUAUUCCGAGACGUUUCGACCCCAGCCGCUGCCAACUGGCGAUCCUAGCAACAGGCUUCGUAGUCCAAACUCGGGCAAGUUCACAAAGACUGUACAAAAGACGUGGCCUGAUGAUUUACCUGCUGUUGCCGACUCUAGUAUCCCGCCGUCAGCAGAGGACGACCUCUCGCCACAGGAAGCAACAUCAAGCAUGUCGUCCAGCAAUGACUUCGGGAGUGCACCUGUCGACUCAGAAAUAGACGAUAUGGACGACGAUUACGACGAGGAUGACAAGAAAUGUGAUCUACGACAGCAGGCUGGAAGUAGAUCUCAAAACUCCGGACACAAUGUUCCGAUGAGGAAACCAAUUGUGCAUCGGCUCAUGGCACAGAAGCUAGUGGCCAACGCUAGACGGAAUCCCAAGAUAAAUACGACAUCGCGGUCGUUAACAAGUGAUAACACGAAAUCGGCAAAUGCCAAUAUUACGGCGAGUACAACGUCAGUGUCGUCUUUACCGGCCAAAAACAUCCGCUGUAAACGGUGUGGGGAAGUGGCAUCCGACGGACCGGCGUUCGUCCAUCAUAAUCUCAAUGUACACAAUGUGUUCACGUGCCAAAUUUGCUACAACACCUUCACAUGCAGAAACAACAUGAAACGCCACAUCCGUUUGCACACGGGUUACAAGCCAUACCAAUGUUCUCUGUGUUCCGAAAGCUUCACCCGAAAGGACGAUAUCAAACGGCAUCUUAUUCGUCACAACUAUAGUAAACCUUUCCGCUGUAAUCUGUGCGGUAAAGGAUACAUGGACCGGAAGACAAUUAAAACACACAUGAGGAAGGAACACUUAAGGAAACUUGUACACGUGUGUCCAACUUGCGGUGAGAGUUUUGACGACGAUCAGAAAUUCCAGAUUCAUAAGAAGGACCAUCCUGAACUGAAGGUGUUUCAAUGUUCUGCGUGUCACUUCACUGGCUCCAAUUCUCUCAUGUACAACAAACAUCUUCUGACCCACGACCCGGCCAGGACCUUCACCUGCUCGGCUUGUGAUCUUGACUUCAACGAUCCGUUCAAGUACACUAACCACGUGAAGAAACAUCGCUAUGAAACCAACUUUACAUCUUACCAUUGCUGUUUCUGUCAUCAGAUCUGUUCCACCUAUGACCAAUUCAUAAAGCACGAGCAUACGCACGCUCAAGCUAAGCGCCACACGUGCACGAUUUGUCUGAAACAGUUUAGAUAUCCUUCAAAUCUUCGCGAACAUAUGGUCACUCACAGUAACUAUUUUAUGCACGGAGUAAAGGAGGAGAUUGGCGCCAUCAGCCGCCGCAGUCAGUCACCGGAAGAGGAAAAUAUUGUACCGAAACAGGAAGUAGGCGCCAUGUGCAUUGAUCAGACGGAUGUUGGGUACACGACGGAAUUUAUGAAGGGAGAGGAAGGCCUCGCUGGUGAUAGUUCCAGUCAGUACUGGUGUACGGAGUGUCAGCAGGGCUUCGAGACCGAGGACAUACUGACGGAACACAUUACGAGAACACAUGAGAUGUCAAUGGACGACACGUCGCCAAAUUCUGACGAUGGUGAAUCGAAAUCACACGCAAAGGUCGAGACAUGCAUAUCCGGGGAAACUUACGCGCCAAAUUCUGCUCCAACUGAUUCGGUGGCAUCAUCAGGUCAUUCAGUUAUCCCUGUGGUAGCAACAGAUUCGAUGCCAUUGUUGAACACUAUGACCAAACCGUCAUCUCGUAAAACGACUGUCAGAGUCAAACUCGGCGAUAGCUCGUACCGCAAUGUGGUCGUCAAACAGGAGCCUGACUCGGACUCUGACGGGGCGACAGGUGACCUGCGUCGGUCGCCUGAUAACAUUAGUUCAAGUGUCAGUAUCGCGUCGCCACACUCAUCCGUGACGUCACCACCCGAACAAAUGGACAAUGGUCCCGUUUUCCCACAGAACGGCGACCUUGAAAAGAAAUUGGUCGUACAGCCAUCGCCUAUAAAGCUGAACGUACGCUCUCCUGGGUUUGAACGAGUUGUUACGCCUGUUUCUCUCUUCAAAGACGAGGAGUCGUUUACAUGCGACGUCUGUAACGACGUGUCGGCUGAUUUUGAAUCCUACGAUAAACAUAACAACACGAUGCACCGACGCUUCUUGUGCGAGUACUGUGGUAAAACGUUUACGUCCAAACCUAACAGGGACCGACACGUGCGCUACCAUACGGGCGAAAGACCUUUCAAGUGUGAACUGUGCACCAAAUCCUUCUUCCGGGGUGACGACCUCAAAUACCACCGUACCACCAGGCAUGCAGAAAUCAAGCCUUUCUCUUGUACAAAGUGCGCCAUGACCUUCGCUUGGCACAACGACCUUGAGCGCCACCUAAAGACACACAGAAAAUAACAAGGAACUUUUUAAUGUAUAGGAGAUUCAAACGAACUUUUCAACUGUGUUCACGCUUGUCCUGAUUAAUUCCCGAUAUAAAUUAACAGGUGUAUAUAUAAAUUAACAGGUGUAUAUAUAAAUUAACAGGUGUAUAUAUAAAUUAACAGUGAUAGCGUUUGUUCCGUGCAAUGUCAUAUAGCGAUUGAAGCUCCUUUUUAUCGCCGCAAUAUUCCAGUUUAUUUUCGUUAUUCAGAGUUGUCUUGUGCUUUCCGGAAUUUACUCGCGAUGUUCAAAGUUUAUUCGCAAUAUCUACAAUUUACUUGUGAUUUUCAUUAUUCGGAGUUAAUUCGGAAUGUUCAUAAUUUACUUGCGAUGUUUAGAAUUAUUAGCUAUAUACAAAUUUCACUCCCGAUGCUUAGAGUUGACUUGCAAUGUUCAGUUUUAACUCGCGCUGUUUAUACUGUACUCCGAUACAGUUGAGUUACGGUUGGUACAGAUGUUUGCGAUGUCAAGAAUUCACUUACAAUAUUGAGAGUUUCCUUACGCUGUCAAUUUUGUUUUCUUUACCUGAAGUUUGAAUUUUUGAUUUUAUUGUUCAUUGUAAUAUGUUUCAGAUAGCGUUUGAUCAUUUCAGUCCAAAAUGUAUCGGAGAAAAAUCGAGAUUUCGAGAAAUGCCUUGUAAACCUACACUUCUUGAUUCUACCAUCCUUUUUAUGUGACGUAUCCAAAACCUAGAAAUUUGCUUCGUAAAUAAGAAAUACCAAACACAUUCAUUUAAAUACUGACAGCGUCAUGUGACAUCUAGAUACUGACAGCGUCAUGUGACAUCUAGAUUCUGACAGCGUCAUGUGACAUCUAGAUACUGACAGCGUCAUGUGACAUCUAGAUACUGACAGCGUCAUGUGACAUCUAGAUACUGACAGCGUCAUGUGACAUCUAGAUACUGACACCGUCAUGUGACAUCUAGAUACUGACACCGUCAUGUGACAUCUAGAUACUGACACCGUCAUGUGACAUCUAGAUACUGACAGCGUCAUGUGGCAUCUAGAUACUGACAGCGUCAUGUGACAUCUAGAUACUGACAGCGUCAUGUGACAUCUAGAUACUGACAGCGUCAUGUGACAUCUAGAUACUGACACCGUCAUGUGACAUCUAGAUAAUGACAGCGUCAUGUGACAUCUAGAUACUGACAGCGUCAUGUGACAUCUAAAUACUGACACCGUCAUGUGACAUCUAAAUACUGACAGCGUCAUGUGACAUCCAGACACUGACAGUGUCAUGUGACAUCUAGAUACUGACACCGUCAUGUGACAUUUAGAUACUGACAGCGUCAUGUGGCAUCUAGAUACAGCGUCAUGUGACAUCUAGAUACUGACAAUGUCAUGUGACAUCUAAAUACUGACAGCGUCAUGUGACAUCUAGACACUGACAGCGCCAUGUGACAUCUAAAUACUGACACCGUCAUGUGACAUCUAGACACUGACAGCGCCAUGUGACAUCCAGACACUGACAGCGCCAUGUGACAUCUAAAUACUGACACCGUCAUGUGACAUCUAGAUACAACGUCAUGUGACAUCUAGAUACUGACAGGGUCAUGUGACAUCCAGACACUGACAGCGUCAUGUGACAUCUAGAUACUGACAGCGUCAUGUGACAUCUAGAUACAGCGUCAUGUGACAUCUAUAUACUGACACCGUCAUAUAAUUUGAUUUUGUCUGUAACAAGCAUUAUAACGUAAAAAUGACAUCGCCAUUCAUUUACAUUACACUCCGGUAUUAUUACUGUUAUACAUAACAUAAAAAUGUAUUCAAGUUAAUCCUGAAGUUACAUUUUGUUGAACUAUUUAGUACCUGUAUCGUAUUAACGGUGGAUUUCCUCUGACGUCUUUAUAUUCCACUAUCAUCUGAUGGUUGGCUAUUCGUCCGUGGUCCGUUCGUCUGUCGCGUGUCUGUAAGCGAUCCUUGUUUUUCCUAUAUCUGUAUUUCGUAGAUCUUUAUUCAUAUUUCAUAUGAUUUAAGAGUAAUCGGACUUUGACUGGUCGGGAAACAAUAUGGCCGACAUGUGGCCAUUUUGACAACUGAAGUUUUUGGAUCGCAAUUUCUUGGAUCUCUCUAAGUGGGUUCCUUUUGUAUGAGUUAAAGUUUGUUAUUUCCCAGAGAACUCUUAAUGGAUCUCUCAACUUCCGCAUUGCUUACCUUGAUUUCAAUUAAGAGGAAAAGAGUAACUCGACAAAAACAUAGAAAAAGAUCAGACUUACAAAAAUAUAGAUCAUUCAAUGGUGGGCGACAAGAACUCUCUGGGAUCUCUUGUUGAGGAUUUUGUUGAAUCGGUUAUACGUCUAUUUGAUGAUUUGAAUGACUUCUGCAGGUGUCUUAUAGAAAUGUGAAUAAUCCGAUCGUACGUUUCUUGUUGCUCUAUUAUUCACGUUUGGGUUGUAGUGUGUUUAUAGUUGUCGUGCCUUCCCAAUAUGUAAACUUUAUCAAACUGAUAUAUUCCAGCGUGCCUUACAGAGAUGUCACUGACCGAUAUAUAUAUUGUAUAUCCACAGUGCCCGGUCUGAUAUAUUCCAGCGUGCCUUACAGAGAUGUCCACAAUCCGAUAUAUAUAUUGUAUUUCCACAGUGCCCGGAGUUUUUGUAAUCAGCCUUGUUUUUCCUGUUUAAGAUUUCAUUUAUACGUAUGAACAUUUCCAUUGUUGACGUGAUAUACUGACAUUGUUGACGUGAUAUGCUGACAUUGUUGACGUGAUAUACUGACAUUCUUGACGUGUAUUACUGAGAUUGUUUACGUGUAUUACUGACAUUGUUGACGUGAUAUACUGACAUUGUUGACGUGAUAUACUGACAUUGUUGACGUGAUAUACUGACAUUGUUGACGUGAUAUACUGACAUUGUUGACGGGAUAUACUGACAUUGUUGACGGGAUAUACUGACAUUGUUGACGUGAUAUACUGACAUUGUUGACGUGAUAUACUGACAUUGUUGACGUGAUAUACUGACAUUGUUGACGUGAUAUACUGACAUUGUUGACGUGAUCUGCUGACAUUGUUGACGUGAUAUACUGACAUUGUUGACGUGAUAUACCGACAUUGUUGACGCGAUGUACUGACAUUGUUGACGUGAUAUACCGACAUUGUUGACGUGAUAUACUGACAUUGUUGACGUAAUAUACUGACAUUGUUGACGUGAUAUACUGACAUUGUUGACGUGAUAUACCGAAAUUGUUGACGUGAUAUGCCGACAUUGUCGACGUGAUAUGCUGACAUUGCUUGCAGCCAAAUAAAAUAAUGCUUUGGACGAUCAUACACCAUGUUGAGGUUGAGGCAGACUCCCAUAGCAUACCUAAUUUGGAGUAUGAAUUUGUUACUAAAGAUAGCUUUAACCGUGAAUAUUGCAAUAUAUUAUUUACCGGCUAUCAAUUUACGACAAGGUAAAUAAUAUUUUACUAAAAGAUGUUUACUGGAAACGUUGUCUAUUUAGAAACUUGAUGUUACUCUACCGGAAGUAUUGCAUGAAAUUUUGGUACUUUCCAAUGUGAAAUUCUUUGCAUUUAUAUGAUGUUUCAUGACUAAAUAGAGGUGACUUGAACGAAUGUUAUUUAAAAGUUAAGUGUAAAGUGAUUUUGGCUAUUUUUAGUAACAAAGCUAUACCUCAAUUGUCGUAAAAUUCGGCAAGUUUGCGAACUCUACGCAAGUUGGCGGUUUUUCCCAAACCUGUACCCUUGCAGAGAGUACCCAACAAAUUGUUAUCAGGGUGAUGUGUGCCAACAAUAAUUGUUUGUAUUAUGCACGGUUUUCCUUUGCUUGUUGAAGUUUAACAUUAUAUAUUAAAAUAAAGAACAAUUUACCUUA